AUGACUCUCUUCAUUUAUGUCCUCUUUUUGACUAUUUGGAUAAGUAGUUGUUUCAAUACAAGCCAAAGUAAUGUAUCUUCUACUGUAGGAGCCACACGACUUCAAUCAAUAGAAACAAAAAUGGACAGUUUUAGGAGACGUCUACUCGUUAUUAUUGUUGGUAUUAUGAUCAUAGCCUUUAUGUUUACCUGCUUUUGUUUUCUCCAUAAUAAUUGUAUGACCGAGGAUAUCCCCAGAAGAGACAUGAUCAAAAAAGAAGGGAUAGCAGCCAAAUCAUCUGAAUUACCACCCAGUGGAUCAAAGACAUCCAGUCCAUGCAGUCCAGAAAAACAAUCCAUGCUAUCCUGCAUAGACAAGUCAUCUGAGCCAUUGAGUCCACAAAAGUCAUCCAUACCAUCCAGGGCAGAAAUGCCACUCAGGCCAUCGAGUCCAGAAAGGUCAUCUAUACCAUCCAGUGCAGAGAAGUUACGCAGGUUAUCAAGUCCAGAAAAGUCAUCCAGACCAUCCAGUGGAAAGUUAUCCAGGCCACCAAGUCUAAAAAAAUUACUCAGGUCAUCCCGCCUAGAAAAGUUAUCUAUGACAUCUGGUGUAGAAAAAAACUGUAAGCUAACUCAUACCCGUAAGCAAGUCAGUCAAAUCUGUUUAUCCUAUUCAGAUAAGCCAGUCAGGCCACUUUGUCCAAAAAAUAAAAUCUGGCCACUGGAGUCAUCCAGUCUACCCAAACUGGCCAAACCACCCAGACAUCCAAAUCCAAAAAGGUCAGGUAGUAGAGAUAAAACAAACAUGUUAUCUAGGUCUCAACUACCCAAGACUUGUAGAUGGUAUAAGGAAAGAUGCCUUGUUUGCAGAGCUUCUGAGCCUUGGCUUGAGGUAAUUUCUGAGGCAAAGAACAACAUUGCCCAAACCCCACCAUUUUCAGGGGAAGGGAAGCAUUUAUCCCAAUCCUUUUAUUCCACGGACAACGCAUUCUGUAAGGAUGUGAGUGAUAGUGAUAAGAUGACACAUGACAGUGAUAACGACAGUGAUAAGGAGAUAACCAUCAUUUGUAACAUAAAGCACAAUUCUCCCUGUAGCCACUCAAAAUAA